AUGAAACCAUCACGUUUCUCAAUUCCCACAGUUUCAAUAUUGUUUUUAUUGACUGUUUUAUUCCCAAAUGUUUCAAGCGCACCAAAAAAAAAGUCCUCGAAUUAUAAAAUUCUUAAAGAAAAUAGUGGAAUAGCUGCCAUGCAUAUUGUAGUUACUUCUCCAACCAAAAUUAUCAUUAUAGACAAAGUUCAAAAUAAUCCAAUAUUCUUAAAAGACGGUAGUCCGGUCAGCUCACUCGAAUAUGAUUUAACUGAUGGUUCAAAGCGUUUCUUACCUUUACAUUCAAACACUUUUUGUUCCUCGGGAGGGUUCCUUGGUAAUGGUACUUUGGUCAGUACCGGUGGUGCGGAACCCGUUCCGGAUGAUAAAUUUAAGUCUGGAUUCACAAGCCUUCGAUUUAUUGAUCCUUGUCAAGAUGGUAAAUGUGAAUGGAGUGAAAAUUUAAAUGGCAUGUCAUCUCAUCGAUGGUAUUCUACUUCCACAACACUUUCGGAUGGAAGGCUAAUCAUCCUUGGUGGAUCCAUUAAAUCUACAAGUGUCAAUUCUGAAGCAACUAAUAAUCCAACAUACGAAUUUUUCCCAAGAGACGAUCCAAAAUCUAUACCUUUCCCAUUCUUAGUUGAAACUUUGCCAUUCAAUCUCUACCCAAUGGUACAUCUAAUGCCUGGUCCUAAGAAUCAAACUCUUCUAUUCGUUUUUGCCAACAAAGAUGGUAUGAUCUUUGAUUGGAAUAAAAAUAAAAUUGUAAAAAGACUUCCUAGUCUUAAAGGAUCUUCUCGUAGUUAUCCUCUAACUGGUACCUCGGUAAUGUUACCGUUACGACCCGAGAACAAUUAUAAACCUCAAAUAUUAAUUUGUGGUGGUAACGAAAAAAUGGACCCAAAAAACGGAGCUGAAAAUUCUUGUGGUAAAAUUGACUUAUCUGAUCUUGAUAAGGCUGAUUGGGAACUUGAUAACUUCGGCGGAUUACCGAGAGUCAUGCCCGAUUGUGUGAUUUUGGCUGAUGGGAAAACUUUAUUCUUAAAUGGUGCGGGUAAUGGAACUGCCGGUUAUAGUUCUAGUAAUAAUAAACACUUAAAAGCUGAUAAUCCAGUUUUGACUCCAGUAUUAUAUGAUGAUCAAAAACCUUUGGGAAAAAGAUUCAAAAAACUCGAUCCUUCAACGAUACCUAGACUUUAUCAUUCUGUAGCUACCUUAAUACCAGAUGGUAGGGUUUUCAUCGCUGGUAGUAGUCCACAAGCAACUGUUGUUCUCAAAGGCGUCAAAUUUCCCACUGAAUAUAGAAUUGAACUUUUCAGUCCACCAUAUCUUUCAUUGAACCAAGCACGAGCCACCAUAAAAUCUGUGGCCGGCUCUAGCAAAAUAAACCAAGGUCCCAUAGAAGUAAAUUAUGACAACCCUGUAGAAGUCAGCGUUGACAUUUCUGACAAUAAACCAAAAUUCACAGCUGCAUUAGUGCAUUAUGGGUUCAUCACACAUUCUACGCAUAUGUCUCAACGAUAUGUAGUUUGUAUUGUUCAAAAUGUUACCUCUAAAGAUAAUGGAUAUACUAUGAAUGUGGUCAUGCCACCAAAUGGAAAUAUUAUUGCCCCAGGUCCUGGUUAUUUAUAUAUUCUUAACAAAGGUGUACCGGGUGAGAGCGCUGUUCAUCUUCAUCUAAAGUUGUGA